UUGUGCCGAUGUUCGGAGAUCUCAAAGAAAAUGGAUCCGAUUAUAAGUGAGAAAGCGCUGCCCUGAUCCUAGGAACUGGGAAGGGGCAGACAGUUCGAUCCUCUAUGGUUCAUCAAGCAGCCAAAUCCCAAUGUUUUCAGCUCUACUUACAAUUAACACCGCAACUUGGGAGGAUAGCAGAGACAGCUGAAUCUCAUCGAGUUUCUCACAUGCAACUUACAAGUAUGAGCGCUUGCCUUUUUCAUCUUAUAGGUAAAACGUUCCGCAAAAAGUUCGAAACUGCCAAAUGGACCCUGCGAACACUAACAGGCGGCGCCGCGGCAACCACCCCCCGCCACCCCACCACUUUCCUCACCGCCUGCCCCAAAUGCUUAGUUGCGCAAGGGUUGUUUAGCGUGGAUCGAAGCUGCCCCACGUUUCCUGCAACUGAGAUCACCAGUAAACGCCAAGACACAGCCAUGGCUUUCUCACCAGACACAUCGGGGAGCACUAGCUCCAAGGAGAGGCACAACGCUAUCUUUACCUACCAGAACCUCGCCGCCGGAUUCUCGUCGAGCGGCAGUCGAAGCAUGGUCGUAAUAAAGGAGAUCCUUCAAUAGCAUUCGAGAAAACCAACAAAAGGAGGAGAGGUGAUCGGGCAACGAGGCACAAUGGCGGACCCGUUCGAAGUCCGGAUGCGCUUCACUAGCCAGCUCCGCCAGCUCAAUGCUUCGGUAACGUCGGCGCAGAAAGCGGCGCAGUAUGCCCUCAAAUAUCGGGAUCUGGCCGAGGAUCUGCACUCAUGCAUCCUGGAGCAGCUCGAGAGGGUGGGUUGGAAU